GGUUAAAAGGCGAAAACUCCUUAUAAAUGCAUUGACCGUUAGACCAGAGUAUUUAAAAAAUCCUGCUAGUGAAAGUGGAUUAGUUUUAGACUAUCGCGAUUGGCAAUUACCACCGAAACAUUUCCAAAACAAGCUUACAUCAAAAUAUUCCGAUCUUUUUGCUAUCUCAGUGGAACAAGCAUUUUCACUUGUUUGUUUCCAUGUCAUUCCUAAUGAAAAAUCUCUUGAAACAUCAAAUGAGCUCACUGAAAAA